AAGGCCUGCUUAAAGGAAUCGAUGAGGAUAAACCCCUCCGUGCCAUUCACCACUCGCACUCUGGAUAAGGAGACCGUGCUGGGGGAUUACGUAUUGCCCGAGGGGACGGUCCUGACCAUAAACAGCCACGUGCUAGGCUCCAAUGAAGAAUGCUAUGAUGACUGGUCUGAGUUCCGGCCUGAUCGUUGGCUGCAGGACAAGAACACCAUGAACCCUUUCGCCCACGUCCCAUUUGGCAUCGGAAAGCGGAUGUGCAUCGGCCGACGUCUAGCCGAGCUUCAGUUGCAACUUGGCAUUUGCUGG